AUGCAGACUCUCCAUGCCGCGCCCGCCUCCUUCGUCGCGCCGCCCGCUCCCCAGCUCCUUCGCACAGCGCCGCCACCAGAACCGAGAGGCACUCUCUCAGUAAACGCCGCUGGUCAUGCCGUGGUGGCCACCCGGUCGCGCGCCUGGUUCCCCCCGCCGCACUGUGCCUGCCGGCGCCGUCGACGCGUGAUGAGGUCUGCGUCGUCCGGUGCUAGUGCGACCGUGGCCUCUGAGAAGGAUGUGCUCGUAGCCCUCUCCCAAAUUAUCGAUCCUGAUUUCGGCACGGACAUCGUGUCCUGUGGGUUUGUCAAGGAUUUGGAGAUCAGUGAGGCCUUAGAAGAGGUCUCAUUUCGUCUAGAGCUGACAACUCGGGCAUGUCCAAUCAAAGACGAGUUCGAACAAAAGGUGAACGAGGUUGUUGCAGCACUUCCAUGGGUUAAGAAGGUCGUGCAGCAGUUUGGAAUACCUCACCUCUUUGAUUUGCCAAUAAGGCCAACUCUUUCGGCUUCUGGAGAUACUGGAAUUCCUGAGGUGGUGGCUGAUCCGCUAGGGGAUGUGGCUAAUAUAUUUCAAAAUCUUGGAGCAUGUGUUGUUCAACAAUGUGCUAAAAUUAGGCAACAAGUUUCAACAGCGGUGUCCUAUGAUAGAUCCAUUAAAGCAAUCAGAGUGAAAGUGCCAGAUUCAGACGAAGAGUUCUUGUUGCAUCCGGCAACAGUUAGACGGAAUGAUCGAUCUGCUCAAAGUGUGGAUGAAUGGACAGGGGAGCAGAAGCUUCAGUACAGUGAUAUACCAGAUGACAUUGAGCCAGAAGAGAUUAGGCCCAUGGGAAACUAUGUAGUUUCUAUAACUUGGCCUGAUGGAUUUAGUCAGAUAGCACCUUAUGACCAAUUGGAAAUGCUGGAGCGGUUAGUGGAUGUUCCGAGUCCAACAGCGUCUGCGGUGGCCUCGUCAUGA